AGAGAAGCCAGGACCUUUCCAAAGAGUGAAAGUGCAUAAAAGCGAAUACAGUAGAGCAAGAACCCAGCUCAGCACAUAGGUCAAAAAUCGAGCAGCUGAUGAAGUAGGUUUUUAUCUUCAGCUGGAGCUUCGCCGCCAUAAAAUCUCACUCGAUUUCAACUCUUCGUAAAACACAAUGGGAAAUAGCUUUCGACCGACAGGCGGGCUGUUUCUUGCAGCCGGUGGAGCAGCAGGGUUUUUUAGCAGUCCAGCAUCGGCGUACCUAUUCAACAGCGAGCUACAACUAUUUUCGCAACCUGGCCGUCAGAAGAACAAGAAGACUAUGCCCUUUGUUCCAAGAAAUCCGUAUGCAGACGUGAAGCCAACGCAGCCCGACUCUACUUCCUACCUGCAGCUAUUACAGGCGCCAGAACUUCUACCGCCGAUAAACACAACAAGUAUUCUUCUUGCCGAAGAAGCCGUGUUUGAGCCAGGGAAAAUAGAUUUCGAAAUCGGUUCGACGCAAAAGUGCAGAAACAAUAAUUCCACCUUCUGCGGCAGCCCGCUGGACCCAGCCAAUCAGCCGUUGGUGGGAAAAUUUGGAUUAAUGCGCCAUGCAUCCGCAGACCAGAAGAACGGGCGGAAAGGACAGGAAAUAUUUGUACCAGUUGAUGUACAACUAGACGUGCAAACCAACGAGGGAAUUACAACGACGCCGACCACAUUGGGAGGAACAAAUGUGGGCGGAGGUGGACCCGGAUUCGGUGUGCCGGUGCCCCCGGAAAAGACGACUCCUUUGGACGACACGAGUAAAACGGAACAAGAAGCUCCUGCGACGAGGGCAGCUACCGGGCCGGGUGCAGAGGUGUUAGUACUGGGAGGGAGGCACACAAUGGAUUCGGCACCGGUGCAGUAUUCGAUCCUGGAAGGGCCGUGCUGCUGAGAUGUUGAAAAUUGCUCGAUAGACUGAAGAUUUGUUGAUGUGGUUGGUUCUUACUGGUUUUGCCGAACACGACGACUACAGGUCGCACAAAAGUACUGACGCAUGAUAUCCUCGUGCGAGUUCAAUAUAAUCGUACAGCCGCCGAAGGAGCCGACGUCCGUCGGUAAAAGAUUAGUUACGAUUUUACCAAAUGAGCAAGCGCAUUUUCGCUGCAAUUGUAUGUAGUGAGGUCACCGAACGGUUCUAACCAGGGAGUUUUCUUGACAUAUACCCUGAAAAACGACCGGCAGUUUUCAAGCGGUCGGAAGCGUUUUUUGACAAAAAAAAAUUUCAAUUAUCAAGCGGCCCUGGCUGUGUCGGCACCGAAUCGCCAGCGGAUUCUAUCGAUCGCCGCUUGGUAAAACGACGCAGAGAAGCCAGCAAAAGGGGCGCCCUUCUGAGGCGCCCACCGCCUUAGUUUCUGGCGGUCUGGGGCGCCCAAAAAGGAGCGCGAAAAAAACGCGCCCAAAAUCAGAACAGCGAAACAGCAUGGCACGGCCACGGUUCCGGAGCAUUUUGGGCGGCCGCGAAAGCGGCCGCGUUGUCGCCGGUUUCAGAGCCUGGGAAGGUUUGCAAAAAGCGCCGGCUAGAAAAAUAAAAACGCAAAAAAGCAAAAGCGCGCCAGACGCGCCAAGCCAAUCCGCAUGCUAUGGGCCCGAUUUUUCUUCGCUUUUUGGGCGCCCCCCGUGGCACCCGGAUCGGCCCUAUAGCAUGGGGGCUGGCUUUCGGAAAGGACUAUCGGGAAUUUGCCAAAAUUUGCGACGUUUACCAAGCGGCCGCCAUACCGUGCGGCCUAACGUUACUCGCGGCGGUAUGGCGAGGCCAGAAAAAGCAAAGCCGCGGCCAAGGCGACGGCCGGCAAGAAAACGCCCACGACCUCACUACCCCCGCCCCGGCGGCUAUAUUUGGUAGUACUCCUGUUUGUACUAUCGACAACAAGACAUGUAGUUUUUGACGCCGUACAACUGGAGUAUCCCUUCGGCUUACGGUUUCAGUUUUACUCCAGUAGAUAUUGCAUCUUCAGCAUCAGGAGCUACAACUGAAAUUGAACGUUUAUUGCCCUGCUGUUUACUUUACUUUAUACUGUAAAAUCACAAGAGCAAGACGAGUCAGC